GGGACAUGCUGGCGAUCAAUAAAGGUCAACGUUUCCUGGAUAGUCACGUGACGCAGUUGCGCUCGGUAUUUCGCGGAGGACUUGGUGACGGAAGUGGCUAUCAUUUUUAGUGAAAGCUAUCGACGUAGAAAUAAGGUGAUCAAGCUAAUGGAUUCAAAAGUUAUCAGCAGUGCGCCCCCAGCCUACAGUGAUUCAGUACCACCACCAAGUUAUCCUGCAAGUUCUCCUUACCCUCCAGGGCCUCCAAUGGGGGCCCCUAUGGCACCUUCAUACCCCGUCCAACCUGUUCAGCCUCCUGUUGUGGUGCAGACAGUAUACGUACAGCCAUCUCAGAAUUUAGGUGCACAGCCAGUGCAGACAACCUGUCCCACUUGUCGUCAGGUAGUGGUGACACGUGUUCGCCAUACACCGGGAGCACUGACCUGGAUCAGCUGUGGAGGUCUCUUCCUGUUUGGGUGUGUAUUUGGCUGCUGCUUGAUCCCAUUUUGUGUUGACAGCCUUCUGGAUGUGGACCACAACUGUCCAAAUUGUGGAGCGCACCUUGGGUGCUUCAAACGCAUGUAAAAGCUUUCCUCAAGACUUGAUUCUAUAAAAUAUGAAGUUUGCAUGCUGUUUCUUAUUUUUAACUUGCAUAAUGAGAUUUUUUUUUACUUGAAGAUGGAUGCUCCCAGCUAUUAGCUCUGGGCAUUUUUCUUCCUUGAUACCUGUUGCUUGUAUCUCUAACUUAAUCUGUGAAUGGAAGAUAUGUACUCUUGCAGAUGUCAUUGGUCAUCAUUUAUGCAAAGAUAAUUUGCAAUUCAUCCUUAAUCAUUUAAUUUUGAAUUAUUUGCACGAGAUUUUUGUUUGUGAAGGGUAGUUUUUGAUUGAAAUCCCUUCUGAAAAUGGCCCACCAAGAAGUUGAAUUACACCUUUACAUAAUAUCUUUAAUUGGUAAUAUUUAUAGUAGACUGUUUUUAUUCCAUUCCCAGUGACAAUUUGCUAAACAAACAUCUUAAUAAACAAUAUUCUAUCUUUUUUAAGUGCAGUAUGUCCGUGAUCUGAAACAUAGCUUUGCACUUGAUUAUUUCCAUGAUUUCUCUUUUUCUUACUUUGAAUAAAGGAACUGCAUUGCAGAACAAGUUCACAUUUGAUGGUGAAGAUUGAAUGUACUUGCACUUUCAAAAUGCAUUUUUAAAAUUUCAUAACCUGCUUAAUAAUCCUUCAUUUGCACUGGGACUGGGUAAAGUGUCAGUUCAUGGGAAAAAUGUACUAUAAUUAUAAUUUGAGGAAGAAUUGUAUUUAAACAGAUUUUGUGUUUCUGUAUUGACUGUUAAAGUGCACAUGAUUGGUAAUGACAUUGACUAUAUAUUUUGCUGAUUCAGGCAAAAUAAAUUCCUUAAUAGUUGCCAACUAAACUGAAGUUUAAUUUGCACAUGAUUCAGUUGUGUACUGUAAAAAGAUAUUCAUCGAGGCUCUUAGGAAAAUUGAAAUUGAACACAAAACUACGUGGCUAGGGAAGUCUGAUUUUUUUUUUCAAUCUUGGAUAUUACUAAGUAUCAGGGUGAUGGGCUAGUGAUGAGGAAAAUUCCAAUGAUGAAAUUUUAAUAUUUUGGUAAAGUGAAUAAUUUUGAAAUCAUUGGAAGAUGUAUGUAAAUCUUCCCUAUUAUCAGGAUGGCAGGAAGCUGAUAGGAUCAGAUUAAAUGCCUGUUUCUCUUCACUCAAGUAGAUUUAGGCAGUGUGCAGAGAAGUAUCUAGCUUGAUCAUGGGUUUAAAUUUACACCACACCUCCUCCUGACUUCAGUUCAGAUAAUGGUGAGUAGAUUUUGGUUUUAAAUUCUUCAUUUAUUUUCAGCAACUAGGAAUUCCCAGGAGUUAUGUUUGACCUAUACAUAAUGAGAAAUUGUGGACAGAUGUUUAUUGAGCCUAGUACAGCUGUUUUACUAAAAGUCCAAGCUUCAAUUUUUGUCUGCGUUAUCUAUGCAAACUGGAAUGUGAUCAAUUUAACAUACUUCAACUAUUUUAAAUGAUUAAGACUGUAUUGCUAUUUAAAUAUUGUUAUAAAUUCUAUUAUAUUAAGCCAGUAGAUCUGCUCUUGAAGCUCACUUUGAAAAGUGAAGAGGGCCUCACUAAAAGUGUGUGCUCUUUUAUGAUUGAAUGUGUUUUGUUGUAUGACUUUAAGUGCUACCAAAGCUUUUUGUAAUGGUCUUGUAAUGGAUAAUAAAAAUAUAUUUUGUACAUGAA